GGUGCUAAAUACAUACAACAGUAUGUACAUCUUGAAAUUAUCACAACAUAUCCUGCAAUUGUUUAAUUCAUAUUUCAUGUCAUACUAUUGCUGAUUGAAUCUAAAUUUAUUGCACUUUAAUCUUAAACAAUAACGGAAAGAAAUAUUGCUUGCGUUAUUGUGACGACACAUCUUCCCAAAUGCAACAAUCAUUUAUAUCACCUAGAAAAACUAUCAUUGGAAAACGAUUAUCUUUACGAAGAGAAACUUCCAAAUUGCCUAUAUUUGAACCGUCAUUAUUAGAGAGAAGACUUCAUGAAGCAUUUGAUGUAUUUGAUAAUGCUAGGAAUGAAGAAGUAGACGUUAGAGAUUUGGGAACUAUAAUAAGAGCAUUAGGAUGUGUCAUCACAGAAGCAGAAUUACAAGAAAUACAGGUAGAAGUUGAAGAUGUCGAAAAUAAUUGCGUGCCGUUAAACAGAUUUGUAGAGUACAUGAGCAAAGCGAUUAACGAACGCAAAUUCAAACCAGCAGAACCAGAAGAAUUAUUGAAAGCUUUCCAGCUAUUGGACCCUGAGAAUCGUGGAUAUAUUAUGAAAGAGGAUUUAGAGAAAUCAAUUAUGGAAAUUGGAGAACCAUUUACAAAAGAAGAAGUAGCCGAUAUGAUGGCCGUGGCCUGCGAUGCGGAAACUGGAAAAAUUAAUUACGAGCACUACAUCAAUUUAUUAAUUGUAAAAAUUCCCGAAGAUAUUAAUGUGUAUAACAUUGUUGCUGAAAUGGAAGCUGCAAAAUUGGCAGAAUCACCUAAAAGACUUAAAUGGGGAAGCAUUUUGUUUGAACAAAAAUAACCUAACAAAAAAUUACAUAUAGAUAAUAUUUUAGUGAAAGUAAUAUGUAUGAAAGGGAUAUGAUAUCAGUAUAAAAAAUGUUAAAAUCUAAUUAGAAAAGUUAUAUAAAUUUAUUUUAUAUUUUGUUAUAUUU